UUCGUUUUGACGUCACCACCGUGUGCCUUCCCCGCCCCGCAGGUGUUCAAGCUUCAGCCCCGCGGCGGCGACAAGCGCGUUUCUUGUCGCUUCUCUCUGCCAACAUGUUCCCGGCCGUCUCGUCUCCGCGGACCCCGGGGCCAGGGGCUCGUAGGGGACCUCUGGGGGGAGUCGGGCCAGGCUCCACGCCCCGGGCUACCAGCAGGAAGGGUCUGGCCCUGGGGUCUGCGGUCAGCUCCCCGGUGCUCUUCUCGCCCGUCGGCCGUCGUAGCUCGGUGAGCUCGCGAGGAACACCUACACGCAUAUUCCCACACCACUCCAUAACUGAGUCUGUGAACUAUGAUGUGAAAACGUUUGGAUCUUCUCUCCCUGUUAAAAUCAUGGAAGCCCUAACAUUGGCUGAAGUUGAUGACCAUCUGACAGUUCACAUAGAUGAAGGUGGAUGGGCUUGUCUGGUCUGCAGAGAGAAACUCAUCAUUUGGAAGAUUGCUCUGUCACCUAUUUCCAAGCUGUCUGUUUGCAAAGAACUUCAGCUGCCACCAAGUGAUUUCCACUGGAGUGCUGACUUGGUGGCUCUCUCGUAUUCUGCUGCCUCAGGUGAAUCACAUUCUACUCAGGCUGUUGCUGUCAUGGUGGCCACCAGAGAAGGAUCCAUCCGCUACUGGCCAAGCCUUGCUAGUGAGGACACCUACACAGAGACGACCGUGGACUCAGGAGGGGAUAAGACUUACAGCUUCCUAACAGCCGUACAGGGAGGAAGUUUUAUCUUGUCCUCUUCAGGAGGCCAGCAAAUUCGCCUGAUCCCUGAAAGUUUAGGAAAGAUCCACCAGCAUAUCCUGCCUCAAGGGCAAGGCGUGCUUUCAGGAAUUGGUCGGAAGGUUUCUUCUCUCUUGGGAAUUUUGUCUCCUAGUAGUGAUCUCCUACUUUCAAGUGUCCUUUGGGAUAGAGAGAGAUCAAGCUUUUAUAGCCUGACAAGUUCAAACAUCAGUAAAUGGGAAUUAGAUGAUUCUUCAGAAAAACAAGUACAUAGUUGGGAUAUAAAUAGAGUCCUGAAGGAAAACAUUAUAGAUGCUAUUUGGGGAUCUGAAAGUAACUAUGAAGCUAUUAAAGAAGGGGUCAACAUUCGGUAUUUGGAUUUGAGGCAAAACUGUGAUGGACUUCUGAUUUUGGCUGCGGCAUGGCACCUAGCAGACAAUCCAUGUCUCGUCUAUUACUCUCUGAUAGCAGUGGAAGAUAAUGGCUACCAAAUGUCAGAUGCAGUAACUGUAGAAGUCACUCAGUAUAAUCCACCUUUUCAGUCUGAAGACUUGAUUACGUGUCGGUUGAUGGUCCCAGACUUUUCAAACCAGACAGCCUAUCUGUAUAGUGAAAACUCUGUCUAUGUGUGCUCCACGGGAACUGGGAAGUUUUCUCUUCCUCGGGAGAAAAUUGUCUUUAACACACAAGGAGACAGUAUUUUAGGAGCUGGUUCCUGUGGUGGUGUUCCUAUCCUUUUUUCUAGAAACAGUGGAUUGGUGUCUAUUACUUCAAGGGAAAAUGUGUCCAUAUUAGCAGAAGACCUUGAAGAGUCACUGGCAUCUUCCAUUGCUGGGCCAGGCAAUGAGAGUGUGGUUUUUGAGACCUCUACGAAGAAUGAAACUAUUGCCCACGAAGAUAAAACCAAAUUGCUAAAAGCUGCUUUUCUGCAAUACUGCAGAAAAGAUUUAGGUCAUGCUCAAAUGAUAGUUGAUGAGCUGUUUUCCUCUCACUCUGAUUUGGAUUCUGACCAUGAACUAGACAGAGCUGUUACCCAGAUCAGUGUGGACCUGGUGGACGAUUACCCAGCUUCUGACCCACGCUGGGCAGAGUCUGUUCCCGAGGAAGCACCUGGGUUCAGCAAUACAUCACUGAUUAUUCUCCACCAGCUCGAAGACAAGAUGAAGGCCCAUUCUUUCCUUAUGGACUUCAUUCACCAGGUUGGCCUAUUUGGACGUCUUGGCACCUCUCCGGUGAGAGGGCUGCCGAUGGCAACUCGACUGCUGCUGUGUGAGCAUGCUGAGAAGUUGUCAGCCGCAAUUGUCCUCAAGAACCACCACUCGAGGCUGUCGGACCUUGUGAAUACGGCAAUACUGAUCGCUUUGAAUAAGAGGGACCGUGAGAUCCCACCCAAUCUGACCCCUGCUGAUGUCUUUUUCAGAGAGGUGUCCCAGGUAGAUACCAUCUGUGAGUGUUUACUGGAGCACGAGGAGCAAGUAUUAAAGGAUACAUCAUUGGAAUCAGUUGAAUGGGCCGAGGUGGUGAUCAAUGUGAACAGUAUUCUCAAGGACAUGCUGCAAGCUGCUAGUCAUUAUCGGCAAAAUAGAAGCUCCUUGUAUAGAAGAGAACCCCUAGAAAAAGAACCUGAGUAUAUCCCAUGGACAGCAACAAGCGGUCCUGCUGGCAUCCGAACAGCAAUAGUACGGCAGCAUGGGAUCAUCCUGAAAGUGGUUUACCCCCAGGCAGACAGCAGCCUCCGGAACAUGGUGACAGAGCAGCUGGUGGCGCUGAUUGAUUGCUUCCUGGACGGUUAUGUUGCUCAGCUUAAGUCUGUGGACAAAUCUAGUGACCAAGAAAGAUAUGACAGUCUGGAAAUGGAAUACCUACAGAAAAGAUCAGAUCUCCUAUCUCCGCUUCUCACACUAGGCCAGUAUCCCUGGGCUGCUUCAUUAGCAGAAAAGUAUUGUGACUUUGAUAUCUUAGUACAAAUGUGUGAGCAGACGGACAACCAGACCAGACUCCAGCGCUACAUGACCCAGUUUGCUGACCAGAAUUUUUCCGACUUUCUCUUCCGUUGGUAUCUUGAGAAAGGAAAGCGGGGCAAAUUAUUAUCUCAGCCCGUUUCUCAGCAUGGACAGUUGGCGAGUUUUCUGCAAGCUCAUGAGCAUCUCAGCUGGUUACAUGAAAUUAACAGCCAUGAAUUAGAAAAGGCUCAUGCAACACUUCUAGGUUUGGCAAAUAUGGAAACUCGUUACUUUGCAAAGAAAAAAACCCUUCUUGGUUUGAGUAAAUUGGCUGCAUUAGCUUCAGACUUUUCAGAAGAUAUACUACAAGAAAAAAUUGAAGAAAUGGCAGAGCAGGAGCGCUUCCUGCUGCACCAGGAGACCCUUCCUGAACAGCUGCUGGCCGAGAAACAGCUAAGCCUCAGCGCAAUGCCCGUACUGACCGCAUCACAGCUCAUUGGCCUGUACAUCUGUGAGGAAAAUAGAAGAGCUAAUGACUAUGAUUUCAAGAAGGCUCUGGACCUGCUGGAGUACAUUGAUGAGGAGGAAGAUGUAAAUAUAAACGACCUAAAACUGGAAAUCCUUUGCAAAGCUCUUCAGAGAGAUAACUGGUCCAGCUCAGAUGGUAAAGAUGAUCCAAUUGAAGUAUCUAAAGACAGUAUAUUUGUGAAAAUCUUACAGAAACUUUUAAAAGAUGGCAUUCAGCUCAGUGAAUACCUACCAGAGGUGAAAGACCUAUUACAGGCAGAUCAGCUGGGAAGCUUGAAGUCCAAUCCUUACUUUGAGUUUGUUUUGAAAGCCAAUUAUGAAUACUAUGUGCAGGGCCAAAUGUAACUCGUUCUUGAAAUGGUCAUCGCUCCUAAAAAUGUGUAUAUAUGUUGUCUUUAUAAAAGUUUUAGACCUUAAACAUCCAGAAGUUUGUACAGUUUUAUAACCUGUUGCUGAGUUUUUUAUACUUUAUUUGGAUGUUCCUACAAGUAGUUGUGACUGUAGUUUUUUAGUUACAUCAUUUUUUUCCUUCCCUUUUUCCAACUGAAGUUUAUCAGUUGUUCUGUACUUGCUACCCUUUUUAUCUCGCCCCAUCCAUCCAGGGUCCUGGUUCUGGCUCCUUGUAUGUACGCAUCACUUAUAGGCUUCAGCUUCUGCAACUCUAAAAAUGACAAGAUUGCACUGAAUUGUCUGAAAUUGCUCUGACUCAGGAUAUUGCGCACUGGGGAGUAUCUGGAAUGUUUGACAUCUGUUUUGGUUAGGGCUAGUGGGAAAUAGUUAGUGAGAUAAAUGUCAGAUUAACUUAUGGAACUAAAAGACAAAGUGGGUCUAAUUCAGUGUGAACCUGACAACUGAUUACUUCAUUGGGAAAAUUGUCAAACUUUUCUACAUAAGUUAUAGAGUAUUAAUAAAAGUGUUUUGGUGAAUAAAACAUA